UUGAGCUGUUGUUGUUCGUUUCAGUUUUCAGGAAAAGACCCAGACCAGCACAAACGUGUGUCAGUAAAAUCCAACCCAGGAUUCCUGGAGCGCCUGAGCGAUACAACAGGAGGAGCUGUUCUAGGCGUCGGGCUUUUUUUUCUGUCUGUCUAUGUUCUCUUCACCAAUGAGGGACGAGCUCUGCGAAUAGCUUCCUCCCUGGACGAAGGCCUUUCUCAGGUUGUGUCCCUGGGUUUUCACUCCAGUCUCAACCUGCAGAACGACAACAGUUUAGUUCACCUGUCUGCACCGCUGAAUACUUUGCAGCCACUGCAUGACCCCAACUACAGGGUGACGGUGCAGGCUGUGAAGCUGAGGAGGCAGGUGGAGAUGUAUCAGUGGGUGGAGUACAGUGAGAGCAAAGACUACCAGGAGAACGGAGAAACCAAAACCGAAACCACGUACACCUACAACACGGAGUGGAAAUCAGAGCUGGUCAAUAGUCGACACUUUGAUCGGGAAAUUGGUCACCAGAACCCAAGUGCCAUGGCAGUUGAGAGUGUGACAGUGGUGGCCCCUGAGGUUCGAGUGGGACCCUUUACUUUAUCCAAAGGCCUGGUCGAGCAGAUUAACAACUUUAAGACGCUGAGCUUGAGAGAUUUUCCAGUCUUUGAGCUGAACCCAUUCCUCUCCAUUGAUGACGAUUAUUUCUAUCACACUCAGACCCCGCGUAGGCCGGAGGUUGGAGAUGUGCGUGUACUGUUCUCCUUCGCUGGACUGAGCAGUGAGAACUCUCGCCUGGGCCCGCCUCAGACUGUCAGCAUUGUCGCCAUGCAAAGAGGAGAGAAGCUGAUGCCCUUUAAAACCAAGUCAGGGGGCACGCUGGAGAUCCUCUAUCUGGAGGAGCUCACUGCAGAGGAGGUGUUUGCAAAGGAACACCAGUCCAACAGCAUGAAGACAUGGGGACUCCGGGCAGCCGGCUGGGCCCUCAUGUUCAUCAGUAUUCAGCUGGUCAUGCGGAUCAUCUACACACUGGUGGACUGGGUUCCCAUCCUCAGAGAGCUCAUCUCCGUGGGCCUGAAGAUCUUCGCCCUGUGCGUUUCCAGCUCGCUGUCCCUCCUGGUCAUCGGAGCGGGCUGGCUGUUCUACCGACCGCUGGUGACGGCGGCUCUGGCAGCGCUAGCUCUGCUCCCGGUGUUCUUGACCCGCUCCCGGCUUCCAGCCAAGAAAAAUGAAUGA